GGACAACAUAUGCGAUUCCUAAUCUUCUUCCGAUUCUUGCCUUCUUGUGUUUUCAGGUUCCUUUUUCUCUUCUCUUCUCUUCACUUCACUUCACUCUCUGCUUCUGUAAAAAUCUCUAAAAAACAACCAAUAUAUUUUAUCUCUGAAAAUUGGAAAAAUACAAUAAAAAAUGGAAGGAGAGGAAGGAGAAGAGCUCAACAUACAAAGCUGGCCUUCAGUCUCCAACCUUACAAACAUCAGCUUCACCAGGGAGUUGGUCUGGUUGUUCAUGACGCAGGCACUUACUGCAUGAGUAUGGCUUCAACUUACAAUCUUAAAAUGCAUCCUUCAGAAUAUUGGGUUUCUCUAUCUCUGCUUGUGUAGCCCUUCUACUAAACCCGUAUGCAGGUGGACCGGCCGACAUAUAUUUGUUUCCUGUUGGUAAGUUUACUUUUAGACUAUUGGGUAGGACGAAUUGUUGUAUUCAGGUUUAAGAUGGGUUGAUCGAAAGAGAGGAACUUGUCUGGGAUUUUUGGGUACCAAAAACAGGGAUCACUUCUCGAAUUCACCGCAAAAGAAUAAAUAAUUGGUUUUGCA